AGGGAGAUGGAGGCGGCCCCACAACAGAUGGAAGCGCAGUUGAAGCGCUAGCCUGAGAAACCAGGCUAAAGGCUAGCCCGUGACUCCGAUUCCAUCUUUUCUAUCAAUUAUCAUUCAUUAGUGGCAAAGCUGCGGGGGACCUCUUCGGAUGCACCAUGGUCUUGUCCAACCCUGUGGCCGGCCUGAUGAUCGGAGUCUUGGUCACAGUGUUGGUGCAAAGCUUCAGCACAUCCUCGUCCAUUGUGGUCAGCAUGGUGUCCGCUGAAUUAUUGGAGGUCCAGUCGGCAGUGCUCAUCAUUAUGGGCGCCAACAUCGGAGCGUCAGUCACCAACACUAUCCUGGCCAUGAUGCAGGCAGGAGACUGCAACGUGUUCCGCAGGGCUUUUGCCGGCGCCACUGUACACGACUUCAACUGUCUGUCUGUGGACACUGAGGCCCUGUGCAAGCUCACCUUUAUCAUCACCAACUCCUUCCACAUUCAGACCGGAGAGAAUGCGCCCAAACUGCUCAAGAUCAUCACUGACCUCCUCACAGACUCCAUCAUCAAGUUGGAUAAAUCAGUCAUUACCGCCAUCGCCACCGGGGACCUGGCAGCGAGAAACAAGUCUGAUCAAAAUAUGGUGCUAGAAAAAGACCAACACAUCUGUUGGAAGGAAAUGAACCCAACAUGGAUGGAGAUGACCACGACGUGGGCCGACUACCAAGAGAAAUGCACACAUACCUUUGUCAACACCAACUUGCCUGACUUAGUGGUGGGCCACAUUCUCCUGGGUCUGUCCCUGUUCGUCCUCUGCACCUGCCUCAUCCUCAUUGUCAAGCUGCUCAACUCUAUGCUCAAGGGCCAAAUGGCACUGGUCAUCAAGAAGGUUGUCAACACAGGUGUUGGUGUCAUAAGCCUCGAGAAGGCCUAUCCUCUAACUCUGGGCUCAAAUAUCAGUACAACCAACACAGCCAUCAUGGCGGCGAUGGCUAGUCCCAGAGAAAGGCUGGCCAACUUGCUGCAGAUUGCCCUCUGUCAUUUUUUCUUCAACAUCCUGGGCAUUCUCCUGGGAUGCCAUGGUGACCUCCACCAUGGGCUACUUCUGCUCCUUUUGCCGGGGCUGCAAGUGCUGCCAGAAGAAGAACAGCCUGGAGAGGCACGAUAACCUGGCGCUGGCUGUGGACGACGGCCCUCUGGGCAUACAAGGACCUCAACUUUAAUGAGCAUUAUGCGCAGUCAUCACUUCUAAGACUUGAUUGUCUUAUAAUUGCCCUAAGUGGAGCUACUCUGCACUGUAAUCAUGACACAAGUGCGGGGCUGCUAAGAACUCCUACGAUGAACACUGGACCAGCUGUUUGGCAUGACACAUAUCACCUCUCUGUACGACUUUUUAUAGU